GCCGGCAAUAGACUUCUUUUCAUAGCCAGGCCUCAAGAUUCGAGGCGGGGAGGUUUGGAACCGUUGGGCUUGCAAGAGCUGCCACCCUCCGUCCGUCCCAUCUUCCUGCAAGUCCUGCAGCUGCUCGCGGACGCCUGGCCCUUUAAGGCCGACCUAGGAGACACAGUCAGCCCUGGGGGGCGGGGAAAACCGCCGCGCCGGCCGCCCGCGAGUCUGAUUGAGGGCAAAGCCUCCAGAUGGACUAAAAUCAAAAUGGCGCUGGUUCCCUACGAUGGCGAAGGAAUCGGGAUACAGAAGUUCCACAAACCUCUGGCCACCUAUACUUUUGCAAACCGCACCAUCCAGAUCCGGCAGGAUUGGAAGCAGCUGGGCGUGGCGGCCGUUGUUUGGGAUGCGGCUGUUGUUCUCUGUACCUACCUGGAGAUGGGGGCUUUCAAUCUUCAAGGCUGCUCUGCAGUUGAACUAGGAGCUGGAACAGGAUUAGUGGGCAUCGUGGCUGCUUUGUUGGGUGCUCAUGUGACCAUCACUGAUCGGGAAAUAGCAUUAGAGUUUCUCAAAUCCAACGUUCAAGCCAACUUGCCUCAGGAUCUAUAUCCAAAAGCUGUGGUUAAGGAGUUGACUUGGGGGCAAAAUUUAGGGAACUUCUCACCAGGAAACUUCGACUUGAUCCUGGGGGCUGACAUCAUCUACCUGGAAGAGACUUUCCUGGAUCUCCUUCAAACCCUGGAGCACCUCUGCGGCGACCGCUCUGUAAUCCUUCUCUCCUGCCGCAUUCGAUAUGAACGGGAUUAUGACUUCUUAAAGAUGCUGGGAAAGCAUUUCACUGUUCAUGAGGUUCACUAUGACCUGGAGAAAGAUGUGCACAUAUAUAAAGCACACAGGAGAAGCCACAAGGAAGACUUGUAGAAUCUGGGUACAAGUAUAUGCCAUAGACACACUCAAAAAUUUUGGAGGUCACCUUAUCAGUUAAACGCUAAGUGUUGUGGCAUCCUACGCGUUUAUCUGUAUCACCAUUGAUUCCUUAUUUGGUAAUAUCUUCUCAGGCACAUCAAAAUCGGAAGAAUGAAGCAUUUGGCAGCAUUAAUCUCAUGAUGAAGUACUCCUAUGCAUAGGUUCUUAGACAUAUCUGGAUGUUGGUUUAGGGAUAGGGACUGGACCUAUGAUUUAUGAUUUCAGUCUUUGUGACUUUCAGGUAAGGAAACUCCUAUCAACAUAGAUCAGCACCUUCCCAUAAACUUUCUGUAUUCAGAGUGCCUUUGAGGACCAAGAAGGAAAGUGACCUGGCCAGUGGGUCAGAGGUGGCCCAUGAACCCAGGUUGUCCUGGCUUCUAGGACAGCUCUGUAUGCCAAACUGCCUCCUAUGGAUUUCGGAAGGCUGAGUUAUAUAAAUGACUUAGAAUUCCUUGGGAAUGUUCAGUGUUUAAUAUAGAGUUUUCAAAAUGUGAAAGAAAUUUGUUUAUAUAUUCUCUGACCUUCUAUUGCAAUCUUGUCUUUCUUGCCCCUCUGUAGGUCUUUUCUACUUUUGUCUGGAGCCUGCAAUUUGUAUUUAGGAAACAUUAUAUGUUCAUUUGCGUAAAAAUAUAAUAAGAUGAUUAAAAUAAAUAUUUUGGGUAUUUUGAAAAAUGAGCUCUUAUCUGUAAAAAUAAUCAUUUUUUACCUUUUUUUGAAUUGCUUGUUGAAUUUCUGUUAGCUUCUGAUAAAAAGAUCAUGGUUAAUUCUUUACAACUUAACUUUCUAAUUCAUUCUGUUCUUGCAUAGGGGCCUUUCAAAAAGUGCACAGUAGAUUAUACGGAACAUCAAAAUGUGGUAGUGUAGCAUGAAUAGAAGAGGAUGGUUUUACAUUUCAUUGGCUUGUCCUUUUAUUCUCUCUCUCUCUCUCUCUCUCUUUUUUUGUAUGGCAAUAAUGGUUAAGUGACUUGCCCAGGGUAACACAGCUAGUAAGUGUCAAGUGUCUGAGGCCAGAUUUGAACUUAGGUCCUGCUGAAUCCAGAGCUGGUGCUUUAUCCACUGUGGCACUUAACUGCCCCCUUGUCCUUUUAUUCUCAAAUGUAAAGAUUUGAUGAAGGGUAAAACUUCAUUCAUAAAUAACAUGUUUUAGGUCACAUGUGGUUUUGUUUGUUUGUUUGUUUGUUUAAAGGAUAGAGCUAGCCUAAGUGUGGUAGUAGCUUUCUAUAGUCCCUGCUGCUGGGGAGGUUUGAGAAUGGUAUGUAGUUUGAGGACUGGGAUUUCUGAGAAGUGGUAGGGUUCAUGCUGACUGGUUGUAUACUUCAAAUCUGGGACCAGUGUAGUGGGCUCCCACACUGCCUAAGGAGGGGAGUACAGUCCAGGUUGGAAAAGUGCAGGGCUUUGGUGCUGUGACUGGUCCAAGCGAGAUGGUGAGGCCAGGCCUCUUUCCUCAAAAGUAAAUGAAUUGAUAGUAGCUUGACACUUUUAGACUAAAAGCAGGUACUUUUCAGUGAUAAAAACCAUCAUUUUUUGUACAGAUAAUUUUUGAGAAUUAAAAAUUGAUUUUAUUUAAUUCCAAGUAGACUAUGCCACAGCAACUGGCAAACUUUUUUCUUUCUUUCUUUCUUCUUUUUUCUUUGUUUUUUGGUUUUAUAUACAUACACAGUGUCUGAAAUGACAAAAUUUGUAAUUCAAGGAAAAUCCCUUGUCAUCCUGCUUGUAAAAACAACACAAAACAAAAAAAUAAAA